AUGGAUCCGCUCCCAUCUGGAGGACCGGGGCCCUUUCUUCAUCAUGCACUGCCUAUUCGUGAUGCAACUAGCGGGUCUUUAUUCAAUUCUGAAUCUGUAAAACAAAAUGGUGGCUCGAAAGACACGGGUUCGUCCAAGCAGUCUCAGGUGGCUGCGACGGCUAUUUUGAACAGUGGCGAUGUUAUCAUUGAAUAUAUUCCUCCAGAUCACACAUCACCCGAGUCAUCAAGGCAAUCAAGUUAUAAAUGGCGAGUGUCAAGUGAAGUGCUUGCGCAAAACAGCCCAUACUUUCGUGCCUUGCUUGACCCGAACAAGUUUUCGGAAGGCAGGCAGCUUAUGAAACAGAAAAACACACGGGUCCGACAAACAACCACAGAUUCUGAGAGUGAUAAAUCAAAGCAACCCCCCGAACUUGACGAGGAACCAACAUGGGAAGACCUACCUACAGUCCGAUUGCCGAGUGAUCACUUUUCACCGAAGCUUGGAGUCGAUGCCAUUGAAUUGUUUCUCAGAAUCCUGUCUUUUGGUGCAUUCGAUGACGAGGCAAAAAGAAACUUCGACGCGGAGAUUAAAUCGCAGCGUACUUCUUUGGUAUCUAGGGUAAUCAUACUGGCGGACUCUUUUAAUUCUCCUCACGUUGUCAAGGAGACACUGAAGAGAUCCGGCUAUGUUUAUGGAAGGAAAACUGCCUUUUCAAAGUUUGACGAUCAGAUGUUGAAGUUGACCGAGGAUCGUAUUCGACAAUCAAUAUUUAUAGCCAAUUUUCUUGAUGAUAGCGCUGUCUUUCAAGUUUUGACGCAUACCUUGAUCAUUGUCGGGUCACGGUCUUGGGCAAAUGGCGUGGAAAAGCGGGCAUCUCCACAGACAUUUCCUUGGUGGUAUUUGUCUGACGGGCUAGAAGAUUUUGAUGAACUGACAACACCCACAGAAGAGCUAUAUUAUAGACGACAAUGCAUUCUGAACACCAUCACCGAUCUACAAGCAUAUUUCCUGCGAGCAUACGGCGCAUUAGAAGAGACAGACGACCCCAAACCAACGAACGCUAUUUCCUUCCUAGGCGGAAACCAAUCCCGCCACUACCAAUGUCGCUGCGGCUACGGCAACUCCAGCGCCUGCGACAUGUUCCACCUGGGCCAGAUGACUCGAUUCUUCGCAUUACGCACCAAAACCGUCUUCCUCGGGUCCAGCCUGAUCGAUCCAGACUUUGGCACGGACUCUGACGGUGACAGUGACGCCCUGGCACCUCCUCCCUCGUCAACCAGCGAACGACCCACCGACAUCUCGGCUAUCAUCUCCUCCCUGAAACAGUGCCCGGACUAUCAAAUUGACUCGAACCACACCGGCUGUGGAAUCCGCCGCCGCUUCAUCCCUCCCCUGGAUUGCAUUGAGGGGCUCGUGGGUGACCGUCGAGGUCUCCUAGGGGUCGAGCUCAAUCGAUGGGAUGCAACCCAGUGGCCACUUGCGUCAGUGUCCUGGGCUAACCGCUCCCUGCGACGCGCCCUGGUCAUUGAGAUCCAUUUCGCUCGAAUCAGCGCCAUCCCGCUCAUGUCACCUGGUCUUGUUUUGGGUGACUCGAGAGAAGAGUCUGCACGGCUCUUCUUUACCGCAAAGAAGCGAAGAUGGGAGGCUUGA